CCGGCGGCGCUCAAUUCUGGGUACCAGGAGAUGGAGUUUUUAGUCUGCCGAGAAGCACUUUUUCUCCUAUUUCGCACGACCCGAAGAAUCGUAUAGGCACCAGACUCAAGGACUGCCCACAGAGUAAUAUCAUGAAGGUAUAUUCAGAUCCAGAUACAAAAAAGUAUCCAUGGCCGCUUUUAACCAAUUCACUAGGAAGGCGCCCCUGAUGAAGCCAGGCCCGCCUACUCGACCGCCUAAGUUCAAAGCGGCAUGGGCGCUUUCAGGGAAGAACACGCGAGCUCGAGUACAGACUUCCGGGGCGACAGAGAUGUGCCCGCCAAUCAAGGGAUACUGGCACAUGCCUUCAUGUUGAUAUCACCGUCGUCACAUUCAUUCCUCACAUAGACUUCACUUUCGAUGAGCUGGUCAUUCCUGCGGUUGCCUGCCUUGUUUCGUCGGUCCUCGACCCGCGUCUCAAUCCCACUCCCAUCACCUUCCCCGUCCGUUCGUUCCUUCUCCUUCUCAAGCUCACGACGAAGUGUCGAGAUGGAGACAGUAGACACUUCGAAACGACUGGCGCAAUUGCGCGACCUGAUGCGCCAACACAAGGUCGACGUCUACAUUGUCCCUUCGGAGGACAGUCACCAGUCAGAAUAUAUAGCACCAUGCGACGCAAGAAGAGAAUACAUCUGUGGGUUUACAGGGUCAGCUGGCACUGCUGUGAUCACACUCGAUAAAGCUGCUCUGGCGACAGACGGACGAUAUUUCAAUCAAGCCUCGAAACAACUGGACAGCAACUGGUUGCUGUUGAAGCAGGGCAUGGAGGAUGUACCGACGUGGCAGGAAUGGACGACAGAACAAGCAGAAGGCGGCAAGACUGUCGGUGUCGACCCUACUGUUAUCACGGCUUCAGAUGCUCGAAAAUUGAGCGAGACACUCAAGAAGAAAUCGCAGGCGACUCUUGUUGGUGUCUCGGACAAUCUCGUUGACAAGAUAUGGAAGGAUCGACCCUCACGGCCGGCCGAGAAAGUCAUUGUACUCGACGAGAAAUAUGCCGGGAAAUCAUACAAGGAAAAGUUGGACGAGCUACGGAAGGACAUCAAGAAGAAGAAGGCUGCCGGAAUGGUGAUAUCGAUGCUGGACGAGAUUGCAUGGCUUUUCAACUUGCGCGGCAACGAUAUCCCGUACAACCCUGUUUUCUUCUCAUAUGCAGCUGUCACACCCAACUCAACCACAUUGUACGUUGAUUCGAGCAAGAUUGGUUCCGACGUGAAAGAUUAUCUGAGCGACUCGGUCGAGAUGAAGCCGUACGACGCUCUAUUCUCCGACCUAGCGAGAGUCGCCGAGACGGCUGCGAACGAAGUGCAACAAAACGGCACCGCAAAAUCGCCUCACUCCGCGAAGCUGCUGCUUUCAAAUAAGUCCUCGUGGGCCCUGAGUCUAGGGCUAGGAGGUGAGGACAAGGUCGAAGAGGCCAGGAGUCCGGUCUCCGAUGCCAAGGCUAUCAAGAACGCCGCUGAGCUCGAGGGAAUGCGACAAUGUCAUAUCAGGGAUGGUGCAGCCUUGAUCGAGUAUUUCGCCUGGUUGGAACGUGAGUUGCAGGGUGGAUCUUGGCUAGACGAGGUUCAGGCUGCGGACAAGCUCGAGCAGAUCCGGUCCAAAGGCGAACACUUUAUGGGCCUUUCUUUUGACACCAUCUCUUCGACAGGCGCAAAUGCUGCAGUGAUCCACUACAAGCCCGAACCAGGCAACUGCUCGGUCAUCGAUCCCAAGGCUAUUUACCUCUGCGAUUCAGGAGCUCAAUAUCUCGACGGCACCACCGAUACAACACGGACACUGCACUUUGGUGAACCGACCGCAAUGGAGGUCAAGGCAUACACUUUGGUCAUGAAAGGAGUCAUCUCGCUGGAUAGAGCUGUGUUCCCCAAGGGCACUACUGGGUUCGGCCUUGAUGCCAUGGCUCGGCAACAUUUGUGGCGCGAAGGCUUAGACUACAGACACGGUACUGGUCAUGGCGUAGGAUCAUUCCUCAACGUCCACGAAGGCCCCAUUGGUAUUGGCACUCGCACAGCAUACUCGGAGGUUUCGUUAAGUAUCGGCAAUGUCCUCUCAGACGAGCCAGGAUAUUAUGAAGACGGCAACUUCGGCAUCCGAAUCGAGAAUAUGAUCAUGGCGAGGGAAGCCAAGACGAACCACAAGUUCGGCGACAAGCCGUGGAUUUGUUUUGAGCAUGUGACUGUGGUGCCGAUGUGUAGGAAGCUGAUUGAUCCGGCGUUGCUCGCGCCGGAAGAACGACAAUGGUUGAAUGAUUACCAUCAAGAGGUCUGGGAGAAGACGAGUGGCUUCUUCAAGGAUGAUGAGCGGACGACGAAGUGGUUGAAGAGGGAGACGGCGCCGAUAUGAUCAAGUCAGACCAUGAUCGUGUAAUAAGUUGGGCUUGGAUCGUGGCGCGGGAUGCUAGGGUACCCCUUCGCACAUCGACUUGCUGAAUAAGUCAGAAACCAUGGGAGGGACAGUAUCUCUGAGUGCACUCCGCUUCCGACCGUAUGUCCCAUGCGGCAUUGGGCAUCUGAAGUGCGUAUAAUGUGGUCGGGUU